AAGAGAAUGCCACAACCGCCAAAUUGCAAAAUCCCACCAAAAAAGAUGAUAAAAAAUAGAGUCUUUUUGCUGUUCUUGAAGCCUAAUAGAAACCUAAGUUGAAACAAAUUCACUUCAUUAAAACAUGGACACUUACUCCUUGCAAUCAUCAGCCAUUACUACCAUACCCACUUCGUUAACUAAAACUGGGUUGCUUGACAAAUCUUGUUUGUAUGGUCAGGUCAUUAAGUUCCCCAAUUUCAGUAAGUACCCACUUGCUAAAAAGAUUGCAACUUUUCACAUCAAGGCUCAAGCUUCAGGUGUCACCAAAUUCAGCUCAGGGGUAGUUGAAGCAAUUUCAAAAGAAGCAGACAUCAAAGAUGAUAAUAUUGUGUUUGUUGCUGGUGCUACUGGUAAAGUUGGCUCGCGAACAGUGAGGGAGCUUCUCAAACUUGGUUUUCGAGUUCGAGCUGGUGUCAGAAGUUCCCAAAGAGCACAAAAUCUUCUCCAGAGCGUUAAGCAAAUGAAAUAUGAUGGUGAAGGAGCUCAGCCUGUAGAAAAGCUUGAAAUCGUGGAAUGUGAUUUGGAGAAACCAAAUGAGAUUGGAUCAGCAUUAGGCAAUGCAUCUGUUGUUAUAUGCUGCAUUGGAGCUAGUGAGAAGGAGGUGUUUGACAUUACAGGACCUUAUCGGAUUGAUUUUCAGGCCACCAAAAACCUCGUUGAUGCAGCAACUGCCGAAAAAGUUAAACAUUUCCUUAUGGUGUCAUCACUGGGAACAAAUAAAAUUGGAUUUCCUGCAGCUAUUCUAAACUUGUUUUGGGGUGUUCUGUAUUGGAAGAGAAAAGCAGAAGAAGCUCUCAUAGCGAGUGGUAUCCCUUACACUAUAGUGAGACCUGGAGGAAUGGAGCGGCCUACUGAUUCUUAUAAAGAAACACAUAAUAUUACCCUGUCAGAGGAAGAUACUUUAUUUGGCGGUCAGGUGUCAAAUCUUCAGAUUGCUGAACUCCUGGCAUUUAUGGCUGCAAACCGUGAGCUUUCAUACUGUAAAGUGGUGGAAGUGAUUGCAGAGACAACUGCACCUCUUACACCUCUGGAUAAGCUUCUCACAAAAAUACCAGCUCAGCGCAGGAUGCCUAAGGAACCAGCUUCUCCAAAGAAAGUUGUGACUGAGGCUCAAAGUCCAAGCCCUGCAAUUGAGAAGGAACCCGAGCCGCCAAAAUCUAAAAUAUCAAGGCCACUCUCUCCAUAUGCUGCUUAUGAUGAUUUAAAACCACCUACUUCCCCUACUUCAAUUCCAUCCGGUGGUGAGAAAAAGAUUAGCAGUUCAGCAGAUGUGGUGGUAAAGCCUGAAACUGUAGAUGCUCAACCAAGCUCAUUAGCGGUUGCAUCUGGAACUCCUGAAACAAUACCAUCCCCAGUAGAAGUGAAAAAACCAAGGCCUCUUUCUCCUUACGCAGCUUAUCCUGAUCUGAAGCCACCUAGCUCUCCAAGCCCAACACCAAGUGGUCCUAAGGUAACACCUUCUAGUCCACCACCAACAACAGCACAAGUCGAAUCACCAGCAACCGGAGGCAAUGAUGUUGCAACAAUCACAAGUAGCAGUGAUGCCAAGGAUUCUCCUCUGGGUUCGAGUUCUAGUCAUUCACCCUUCCAAGCAUAUGAUGAUCUCAAACCCCCAACAUCACCAACUCCCACCGCACCAGUGGAAUCAACUCCACCGUCUCCCACGACUGAUGUACCUAAUGUGAGCGAACCGCCAUCAGCAACAACAGUGGAUGAGCAAGAAAAGGCCGAAUCAAAACCCAGACCACUCUCACCUUAUACCAUGUAUGAAGACUUGAAACCUCCAACUUCUCCAACACCGUCUGGAAAUUGAAUCGAAAGAAGUAGUAAUAUAUUCAUUUAAAAGCCAAGCACCAAUAAAUCAUUGCAUUGCAUGGCAUUUGUAUCGUAUGAAGAGGCUAGCGGCUGAUAUUGCAUGCGGGAGUCUGUUCCAUGAAUAGUUUUUGCUAUGUAUAAACUGACACAAGUUUCAUUGUUGAAUCCAUUUCGUUUUAUCAUUUAUAAUGUGUUAAUUGGCUCA